AUGCGCGUGUGCGUGGCGGCAUCCAGGUUCUCAGAAGGCGUCGUUUUUCCAAAGCAUCGCAGCGCGGCAGCUGGACAGCAUUCACGACUCCAAUAUCGAGGAGUGUGGCGGGCGACGGAUACCAGCAUCGCGAUAUUGUGCAGCGCGACGGGCUGCAACAGCACGAUGCUCAGCAACGCGUCGGGCAUCGGCAGCUCGAAGGUGGGCAGCGCCAGUUCCAGCAGUGCGACGGCGAUCAACAUUACAUAUGGCAGCACACGCGUCUCUAGCAUCGAGGUCUGCGAGGCCUCGCGGAUACCAGCAUCACGACGGUGA